GGACACUUGAGGAAAAACAAAGACAAAAGUAAAACAAAACUUAAAGAAAGGGAAGUGAAACUUGGAAACUUGGAAACCAAUGUGUCAUCAGGAAAAGGGAGACACAAAAAUUAAAUGUGAUGUUUCAGGAGAAAUGGAGAAAUAAUAAAAAAAGAGAAACUGCAGCCAUGACGUGGAAGAAAAAGUGAGAAUAUGAGAGAAAAAAAGUUUGUGUCAUUCAUGGGCGGAGGUGCUGAAUCCUCUUUUGUUAUUCUACAUUCAUGCUUCUAUCACUUUACCUGCUGGACCCGUUUGCUCUCCUUUACGGCAGCUCAGCCCAUGACAAUAAUAGACCGACGGGCCUGUGUUCUAAUAACACCCCCGGGGUGAAAUAUCACAAAUACCACAUCAUUUACUCCUUCCUGGUACAUCAUCACUGUUUAGUCAGCAGUCUAACAGGUUCACACAGCUAGGGUAAGAGUGUGAACAAAAGGAACAGAGGAAAAUGGAUGAAAAUAAAUCUUCAAUAAUUUAAAAAGAUUGUGGGAGCUAAUUAUCACCAAAUAAAUCAGAAUCAAGCAGGUGACCUGAGAGGUGGGGACCAUAAACGGGUGUUGUGUGUGUGUGUGUGUGUGUGUGUGUGUGUGUGUGUGUGUGUGUGUGUGUGUGUGUGUGUGUGUGUGUGUGUGUGUGUGUGUGUGUGUGUGUGUGUGUGUGUGAGAGAGAGAGAGAGAGAGAGAGAGAGAGAGAGAGUAAGUGAAAGAGAGAAGACAGGUGAGGUGAUAAGAAAGGUGAGCACUGUAGUGGGUGUGUCUAAGGUUUCACACACAUUCUCAGGUCUAAUAUAAACCCUGCUGAACCUGUUACUGCCUAUUUACCUGUGACACAAACUCCUUCACCUGACACUGUGUGUAAGUGGCUCUGACUGCUACUUAUUAUGUGUUUUUAGUGUUGCUACACUUUACCUGCUGGAGUAUCUCUCUCUUGUUAGUCACCUUUGGACCAUUAAGCAGUGUCUUUGCGUCGCGACAGCUUGGACUUUGUUCUGGUAUUUCCUGUUCAUACUCACGUGCUGGACUGACAACAAUAUCUCUCUGACUUUACAUCUCUAAUUCGCUCAAAGAAAUACAGACAGUGGGUCCCAACACUGCUGGUGGACUUUUGAGGAUUUUCCUGAUUUGAAACCUUUAACCUGCAAAGGUGGUGACUGUUUGCGUUCGUGCGAGUGUAAGCUGCACCUGUGGCUGCAUAUCUGGGCAAGAUGAUGGAGGAGGUGUCUGUCAUGAUGGCGUAUGAUGCCCACGUUAUGGAGCAGAUGAGCGAAGAGGAGAUCCUGGCCUGUCUGGUGGCUGAAACCGGACCUAAAUUCACAGUCCCAACCAAGAAAGCUAAACUGAGGGAAAGUCUGCUUCAAAUAAUGGAUGACGAAGAAGACCCCUUGGACAAAUACCUGGAGGAGAACCGUCGGCUUCAGCAGGCCAGCCUCCGUCUGGAGCAGGAGAAUGACAACCUUGCCCACAGACUGAUCACCAGCAAAAUUGCCCUGAGGAACGCUCUGGACAAGGCAGAGGACAGAGUGGAUGAACUCAAUAAAGACCUUCUACAGACCAGACGUCAACUGCAGGCUACAGAAGAGGAGAAGAGAGGGAAAGAAGAGGAAGCUGCAAUGUUAAAGGAGGUGUUUCGAAGAGAGCUGGAGAAGGCUGAGCAGGAUGUCAGAAGGUCGUCGGGUAUCAUUGCAGACUACAAACAGAUCUGCUCUCAGCUGACAAACCGUCUGGAGAGGCAGCAGGCCGCCCACAGAGAAGAGUUGGAUUCACUCAAGAGCGCAAUGAAGGCUUGCGCACGCUGUCGGCACGUUGUAGAAUUAGAUGAACCAUCACCCACGACUCAGGACACAGCAGCAUUAGAAGGCCACGGGAUGACUGAACCAGGCCAGAAUGAGGGCAGUGAAAGUCCCAGAAAGGCAGAGCAGUGGAGAGACAACCAGGAGAAGGAGUCCCUCAAGGCCCAGAUCAGGGAGUUGGAACAGGAGUUGGCCCAGACCAAACUCCAGAUGGUGGAGGCCAAGUGCGAGAUCCAGGAGCUGGAGCACCAGAGAGGAAUCCUGGCCAACGAUCUCCAGGAAGCAAAGAACAGCUGGAUCAGCAAGGCCUUCACCUCCCUGCGGACCCCCAGUGGAGGGGGGCUUCACAGCAUUAGCAUACCCAGAUAUGGAGCUAGCACAGUGGGAUGGAACCUCCACAGUGGGCCCCUCUCUGCAUGGAGCACCAAGAAGCUGUCGUGGCCUCACAGAGACAAUCGAGAAAAUGUCUGAUAGCUUGAACUGUGACACAACGGAAGGAUGAAACCUCUUAUUAAUUCACAUUGUUAUAUGUACAGUAUGUAUUCAACCCUGUAGCUGCUAUUUCUAGAGAGCAUAGUUUUUUUUAUAGUUGUAAACCACAUCUUUGUGCCAUGUGACGUUUUUGUAUAUAGUUAUUUGUAAAUCUCAACUCUAUAUUAAAGCAAGUAUCACAUCAGAA